AUGACGGAAUGCAGACAUUGUCAGGAACUUCACAUAGAUCGUGAUGCAGGCAGUAUCCUGGAGACUGUGGAUAUCUUUACCAAUCAGGAGUAUGGGGACACUAUGUACACCAUCGAGGUUCCCUUUCAUGGCAAGACCUUUAUCCUGAAGACCUUCCUGCCCUGUCCUGCGGAGCUGGUGUACCAAGAGGUGAUUCUGCAGCCCGAGAGGAUGGUGCUGUGGAACAAGACGGUGACUGCCUGCCAGAUCCUGCAGCAGGUGGAAGACAACACCCUUGUUUCCUACGACCUGUCUGCAGGGGCUGCAGGCGGUGUGGUCUCUCCCAGGGACUUAGUGAAUGUCCGGCGCAUAGAGCGGCGCAGAGACCGGUGCCUCUCAUCAGGAAUUGCCACCACACACUGUGCCAAGCCUCCAACGCACAAAUAUGUCAGGUGAGCCGGGGCCUUGCCUGGGAACAUGCCGCAGCCCCUCUCCUGGAAGCAGUGAGCAGCACAGGGUACAGUGUGUGCAGCUGGGCACAUUCUCCUGCUGAGGUCGUGUUCCUGCUCCCUGUCCCGCCAGGCCUUGCCCCUCCCAGCCCCUAAUCCUGUUAAUCUUGCUGACUGGAACCAGGCCACCAGGCUGGAGGGACAUGUGCGGUGGGCAGCUGGCUGGGAUAGAUCAGGGUGGGAACUAGUCUAGGAAGCAGGGCUGGGAGCCAUGGGGUUGCUCUGGAUCUGGCUUCUGGGCUUCAUCUUCCUGCCUCAGGAGACUCGGGUCCCCCGAGGGUCCCUUUCCUCCUCCUCCUCCCCCAUCCCCUUAGCCUCACCGUUCUCUUGGACCGCGCAGGAGUCC